UGCGAUCUCUGAAUCUGGACGCCUUAUAUAAGCGGCCACUUCUUCCCCAUUAUAAAUCCAACGGCCAAUUCCUCUGUCGAUCGCCACAAUAAUCAAACUUCUAAAUCCUUUGGCUGGAGAUUCUCUCUCUUUCAUUCUCUCUCUCUCUCUCUCUCUCAGGAAUCUCCCGCUUCUCUCUCUAUUUCUCUUUCUCUUCUCUGUUACUGCUUUUACUUCCUUCCUCUUCGAUUUCUGCUUCCUCCAUUGCUUUCACGUCACCGUCUGCCUUAUCUCGGAGAGAUAAGGCCAUCGGCAUUAAAGCUUAGGGAUUAACCUUGCAUGAAGACAGACGAGUGAAGAAUCCACACUACAUAUUAGGAUCUCUAGUUCAUUAUGUCUUCUGCAAGCAAGGGCGAAAGGAAGGCUGCCAUUGAUGCAGCGUCAUGGUUGUUCAAUGUGGUCACAUCUGUAGGAAUAAUCAUGGUGAAUAAAGCCCUGAUGGCUAAAUAUGGUUUUACUUUUGCUACCACAUUAACUGGCCUGCAUUUUGCCAUGACAACUUUGUUGACAACCUUUCUUAAGUGGCUAGGGUAUAUCCAGAACACUAGUCUUCCAUUACCCGAUCUUAUCAAAUUUGUUUUAUUUGCCAAUUUCUCCAUUGUUGGAAUGAAUGUGAGUUUGAUGUGGAACUCAGUUGGAUUCUAUCAGAUCGCUAAGUUGAGUAUGAUUCCAGUAUCUUGUUUUCUGGAAGUUGUCUUGGACAAUGUGCGGUAUUCAAGGGACACAAAGCUUAGCAUUACAUUGGUUCUCGUUGGUGUCGCUGUCUGUACAGUCACUGAUGUAAGCGUCAAUGCUAAGGGUUUUCUAGCCGCUGUAGUGGCAGUUUGGAGCACCGCAUUGCAGCAGUAUUAUGUACAUUUUCUUCAGAGGAAGUAUUCUCUUGGAUCGUUUAACUUGCUCGGCCAUACUGCCCCAGCACAAGCGACAAGUCUGCUGUUGCUAGGUCCCUUUGUGGACUACUGGUUGACAAGUAAACGAGUUGAUGCUUUCAACUAUGGUCUGGCAUCCACUUUCUUCAUCAUCCUAUCAUGCUGUAUCGCAGUAGGGACAAACCUCAGCCAAUUCAUCUGCAUCGGCCGGUUCACAGCCGUGACAUUCCAAGUCCUCGGCCACAUGAAAACAAUUCUGGUCCUCAUCUUGGGGUUCCUUCUGUUUGGAAAAGAGGGUCUCAAUCUUCAAGUAGUUCUGGGCAUGAUCGUUGCAAUACUGGGAAUGAUGUGGUAUGGCAACGCUUCUUCAAAGCCUGGAGGGAAGGAACGUCGCAGCUUGUCACUUCCCACCACCAAAUCACCAGAUUAUAGUGCGCUACCAGUUUCACCUGAAUCCGAUGAAAAGGUAUAGUCUUUAUCAGCUAGCAGCAGAUCAAGAGAAGGGGGUUAAACUUUGGAUCAGCUGAUUCAUUUUCAUUCUCAUUAUUACAAGGAAUCCCUCGAUUAUUAUUUAUUUAUAGAUACUACAUCUUAUUUUAUUUGUUUUUUUCCCCCCUUUAAUGUAUUGCUGAGUCGAGGGAAGGACACAUCUAUAGUGUGCAGCUCCCUGUGAAAGAAUGAAGGAAAAGAAAAAGGAGUAGCCCCCGUCAUCUUCCAUUUUCCCCCCACACAAAAUGUUACACCAUUUUUUCUUUUAAUAAAAGUUUUCCUUUAUUCA